AUGCCUCUGCCUGAGGCCUCGUUCUCGGUAUCGGUAGCACCAUCGGUGGUGUCUUCGCGUAGCUCACAACAGGCAACCCGUUCGCCGCCGGUGUCGUCCGUCGAAAGUAGCCCCUCUCCCACGUCGUCGGUGUACUUAAAUCGUCAAUUCGCAGAAAUUGAACCACUUCCUUCCUGCUCUAACGAUAAUGCAACUGUGUUCGCUCCAACAAACAAACAACAAAAGAUUGUGUUUCUAUCAACAGCACUGGUGCGCAUAGUGGACGUUAAUGGUAUUGGUCACUAUGCCAGAGCUUUGCUCGAUAGCGCAUCACAAUCCCACUUUAUAUCAGAUUCAUUGUGUCAGAAACUUGGUUUGAAACGCACUCGUAUCAAUAUACCAGUGAGCGGCAUAGGUCAAGCAAUAGUCAGUGUAAAAUAUCGUGUAGAAAUCUCGUUGCAAUCACGGUUUGGUAAAUUCCUACACAAUCUAGACUGUCUAGUUCUUCCCAAGCUAACAGUUAGCCUUCCAAGUGCUCAUGUUGACAUCUCACACUGGCAAAUUCCACGUAAGUUGCCCUUAGCAGAUCCAAAGUUCAAUGUGAGCCACGGAGUCGAUUUGAUAAUUGGGGCUGAACUAUUUUUCUCACUGAUCGAAUCGCAUCAAUUAGUUUUAGCUGACAAAUAUCCUAUUUUACAGAAAACAAUGCUGGGUUACGUGGUAUGUGGAAAACACUCAGCAAACGAAUCUGCAACGGUGGCAUGUCAUGUUGUCACUUAUCAGAAUUUGAACAUUCAACUAGAAAAAAUGUGGGAGGUUGAAAAUCUCGAUAUUGGAAAGGCUCUUACGCAAGAGGAACAGGAGGUCGAAAAUCACUUUCAGCAAACCGUGUCUCGUGAUACUGACGGUCGUUACGUGCUUCGUCUCCCACUCCGGGAGUCUUUGAUUCCAUUGUUGGCGAGCUCUUAUGAGCAGGCAAAGCGGCGUUUUCUGCUCAUGGAAAAGCGGUUUUCCCGAGAUAACACUCUUCGCGAUGAAUACGUGAAGUUUAUGGAUGAUUACGAGAGCAUGGGGCAUAUGGAAGUUGGUUCAAGCGUCGCGGGUUCGCAGUAUUUCCUCCCACAUCAUGCUGUUUAUCGGUUGGAAAGCAGUACGACAAAAACUCGUGUCGUUUUUGAUGUUAGCAGUAAGGGAUCAGGUACACUCACUCUCAAUGAUGUACUGCGCAUUGGUCCCACAGUGCAACCAACACUAUUAGCUACCGAUCGAUCGUAUCAGCAGAUUGUCUGGCGACGAGAUUCAUCCAUGCCAUUGCAGAUUUAUCAGCUGAAAACGGUGACUUACGGACUUGCAAGCUCUCCGUAUCAAGCUGCCCGGGUGCUCAACAAACUGGCCGAAGACGAAGGGCACAAAUUCCCUCUAGCAUCGAAAGUUGUAACCAAUCGUUUUUAUGUAGACGAUUGUUUGGCUGGAAGCGAUAGCCUCGAAGAAGCCACUGAAAUUUGUCGUCAAUUACGAGAGCUUCUCGGGGUUGGAGGAUUUACAUUACGCAAAUGGAGCACAAAUUGCCAAACUGUGUUGCAACACAUACCAAGUGAGCUGUGGGAGAGCGACUCUCUAAUGGAGAUAGGACGGUCGACGGUAACUGCUUUAGGGCUUCUAUGGAACCCACGAAAUGACAGCUUUAGCUUCAAGAUUCCCACGUUACCCGGAUUAUCGACGGUUACCAAACGCAUCGUGGUUUCCGAAACUUCUCAACUGUUUGACCCAUUAGGACUUCUUGGGGCAGUCGUGGUCAACGCUAGAAUGUUUGUUCAAUGUCUUUGGGCCAAGCAUGUUUCAUGGGACGAGGAGGUUUAUAGUGAGGAAAGUGCCUGGUGGAAGGACUUUCGCAGUGAAUUUACUUUGCUCCAGUAG